UGCUUGCAAGCAUGACGCACUUUGAACCAUCUGACGAACUUUUGCCGGUCAGCAGCUGACCGCGAAGAAGUUGACGUCAUCAUGAGAGGUGAUGAAGCCCGCUCUUGCGAGUUUGGGAGAGCAAUGACGUCAGCUAAGCGUUGGCAGAAAUGAGUUGUCUGCGGGUCACAGGAAACCUAGAGUUUUGGAAAACGAAGGCUUCGGAAAUUGCUUUCAGGAGCUGGCAAUGCUCCAAAGCGCAAACCGUGACAGGUUGAGGAGAGAAAUUUUGAGGUUCUCAGCAUUACCUUUUUGAGCCAGUGUCCAGCAAGAAGCAAUCUGGCUGGCGAGUUGCAGCAAUUGAGUCAGCCGGAAACCAGGCGAUCUCGUCAUGGCGCUUCGUAUGAGAGGGGCUCAGUCUUUUCGACAGCGCCUUGUUUGCGCAACCUUGGCAGGGACGCCUUUCCGCAUUGACGAGAUCCGAGCCAGCGACUCCAACCCUGGGCUGAGAGACUUUGAGGCAAAUCUGCUCCGGCUAUUGGAGAAAGUCACAAACGGCUGCGUCGUGGAGAUCAAUGAAACAGGUACGCGGUUAAGAUAUAAACCAGGCGUGAUCGUCUGCGGUGGGGGCCUCGUGCAUGACUGUGGGACGAGCCGGGGCAUCGGGUACUUCCUGGAGCCGCUGAUUCUAUUGGCACUUUUCGCCAAGAAGAACCUGCAGAUUGUGCUGCGGGGCGUCACGAAUGGGCUGCAAGACCCUGGGGUAGACACGUUCCGCACGACCACCCUGCCGCUCCUGCGGCAAUUCGGGGUGUCAACGGACGGCCUGGAGCUCAGAAUAGUGAAGCGGGGGGCGCCGCCACUUGGAGGUGGGGAGGUGAUGCUAAAGGUCCCGGUGGUCGGAGCGUCGCUGCAGGCGGUGAACUGGACGGACGAGGGCAUGGUGAAGCGGAUACGGGGGGUAGCCUACUCUGCCCGGGUAUCCCCCCAGAUGGCGAACCGCAUGGUGGACUCAGCUCGGGGGGUGCUCAACCGUCUCCUGCCAGACGUCUACAUCUUCACGGACCAUUACACAGGAGCGGAGUCCGGAAAGUCCCCCGGUUACGGUCUGGCCCUGGUUGCCGAAAGUACGAGCGGAUGCCUCAUCAGCACGGAAGCCACCGCAGAGGUCUCAUCCGCCGCAGACGAGCGGGAUCGAGAGGCGGGCCCCGCUCCCGAGGCUCUUUUGCCGGAAGACAUUGGUGCGCGCGCGGCCCACCAACUACUCGACGAGAUUCGGCAAGGGGGGGUAGUGGACUCGACGCAUCAGGGUUUCUUGUUCAUGCUCUGCGCCCUGUGCCCGGAGGACGUCUCGAAAGUGCGGGUUGGCCGGCUAUCACCGAAUGCAAUAAGGAUGCUCCGGUGUAUAAAAGACUUCUUUGGAGUUCAGUUUAGUAUAAAACCCGAUUCGGCUACUGGGACUGUCAUUCUGUCUUGUGUGGGCAGCGGGUAUAAGAAUCUGAGCAGGAAGGUUGGAUAGGUGUUGGUUCGAGUCUAGCCUAACGUCGCUGUAUUAUACGAGCAUUCGCCGCCUGACUGCAAGAGCACUCUGCCUUUGGUCAAUCCGUACCACGCGCAGGCACUUAAUUCUGCCGCCUUUAUAAGUCCCAGUCUGUCUGCGAGUCACUGAGUGGGUGCGUCUUUCCAUCAUCUCCCGGGUCCCCGUACGCACAAGGCAAAAGUAGAAUAUGGUACCUAGCUCGACAAAGCUCAUGGUAGUGACAUCGCCAGAUGUUUCCGCCAUGCCAUGGAUCGACCUUCCUGCGCAU